GGACAAUGAAUUUGAUUUACAAAGAGCGAAUAAGACGCUGAUAGAAGGAACAAGCGAAUAUGUGAAAACUGACAUCAAUGAGUUAACGAAAGCGAUGGAAACUUUAAAGAUAUCACGAGUUGAAAAGAAGUCUGACAAUAACAUUCAAGAAAUAAAAGAUGCAAUUAAAGAUAUGGCAAAAGCAAUGAAAGAUCUAACUAAAAGAGAAGGCAUCCCACGGCAAAAUGAACGGAACACCAGACUUCGAUAUCGCCCUGUGAAUAAGAUCAAAGAUCUCCAGAGAAAGGAUCGAAGCUUGGAUAAGGACAAUGAUAAGCAAAAGGGUCCCGAUAUACAUUUUGUGGAGCUCACCAACGAUGAAUCGAAAAGUAAUACAGAAUAUUUGUUGGCAGAAUUGAUUGAAAGAGAACAAGACAUAGGCGAU